UUGGUGUCAGAGUGCAGGGUCAGCCAUGAUGCAGCACCCCCUGGAGCCGUGAUGCAGUGCCCUAUAAGCUUUGGUACUUGCAGGAAAAAAAGAAAACAUGGUGAAGUGCUCUCUAAGAUGUCUUUCAGGAGAAUAUGUGAUAUAGUACCCCAUAGGCUUCCUUAUACGCAAGAAAUCAUGAUGAAAUGCCCUCCAGGGUGCGCUUCCAGUGGAGAAAAUAUCGUGCAGUGCCCUAAAGGUUGUAAGUAAACGUGGACCAGGAUGAGUGACCAGUUUAGCUGUGAGAACUGUAAGGAGUCUCUAUACGGGAGGAAGUACAUCCAAGUGGACGACGUCCCUCACUGCGUCCCCUGCUACGAUCGUCUCUACGCUAACAUCUGCCAGGGCUGCAAAGAGCUCAUCGGACACAACUCACGGGAGUUGUACUACGAUGACCACCACUACCACGAGGAGUGUUUCCACUGCUCCCGCUGUAAUCGCUCCCUUGCCGAUGAACCGUUCACCUGCCAGGAUGAAGCUCUCCUGUGUAACGACUGCUACUGCAGCGAGUUCUCCUCCAAAUGCGUGGCCUGCAACAAGACCUUCAUGCCAGGAUCGAGGAAGUUGGAGUACGGUGGUUCGACCUGGCACGAGGAGUGUUUUGUGUGUUGUGGGUGUCAGCAGUCUCUGGGAUCUCAGUCUUUUAUCCCCGAUAAGGAUGAGUAUUACUGCGUGCCCUGCUACGAGAGACGCUUUGCUCCCCGCUGCAGCCACUGCAAACAGAUCCUAGUGCAGGGUGGGGUAACGUACCGGAAUGAACCUUGGCACAAGGAAUGUUUCCUGUGCUCGGGCUGUAAGAUGCAGCUGGCCGGUCAGCCCUUCACCUCUCAGGGGGAAAAACCUUACUGUGUCAAGUGCUUCAGCUGCCUUUACGCGCAGAAAUGCACCGCCUGCAACAAGGCCAUCACAGGUUUCGGUGAUGGGAAGUAUGUUUCCUUUGAAGACCGUCAGUGGCAUCAGUCGUGCUUUAAGUGCUCCGAAUGUUCCGUCUCUCUGGUCGGAGCUGGAUUUUUCCCCAGUGGCUCAAAGAUCCUGUGCAAAGACUGUAACAACUGAACCACAGAUUGUGUGUGUGUGUGUGUGUGUGUGAAACACUCUAGGAUCAGGAGUUAGAGAUACGGCCAGGUGAAUCGGCGUUGCUAUUUAAAAAUGUUUUGGGUCAUUUAAUAUAGUGUGUGUAUGUAUGUGUGUGUGUGUGUGUGUGUGUGUGUGUGUGUGUGAAAUUUGUUUAUUUUUUCCAAGCAGUGUUUGUGUAGAAUAAAUCAUUCACCUUAAAAUAAUCAUAAUCACAAAAGAGCAAACCUAUAUACAGUAUAACACCAGUGAUAUAUUUUGGGAAUACUAAAUCUUUUUUAAAGUCCCUGGCACCAGUUUCUUCCUAAAAAGAAAACUUUUCUCUGCUAUAAACCUGAUUUGAGGGCGGGGCAGCUCAUGUGACGUCACAAAAUAAGCUAGGCCAAUCACGCGUGAUAUGCAAAUGACCAAAGAACAACACGAUCUCGAGGAACUUUAAACGUAGAACUAUUGAGUCAGCUGCUAUGAAAAGAAUAAAAUCACUGAGGAUAUGACGACGUCAGUCUGACUAGCUGGUUAGCUGUUUCAAAUUUGUCUAUUUGCAAAUCUAAGUAUAAGAGUUUAUGAAGUUCAACGAAGGUUUCUUUUCAUCCUGCUCAUGAGAAUAGCUGUUUAACUGAGACAGAUAAAAAGAAAAAAUACUGUCUCACACACAGCUAACAAAACAUUUACGAUGUUUUAACAUCAGAGCUCAAGCAGUCUUGGAAAGUCAAAUGCCUCUGAGAACACUGUUGCUAGGCAACUGGGGAAACAAGCGUGCCCAGCAUAAGCUAGCUAAUAACGACUGAGGUAAACGAUUCAGCCAGCUAACGCACAGCUGUCUGAGACAACGUGAAAGGUUUCAUAACAGUAGACACCGCAGUGUCUACGUUUACCUCAGAAAUGUCGAGUAAUUGCUGAGAAAAUCCUCCUGUUAGCUUAAAUCAUCCUGUAAUCAUACUUAGCACCGACUGCUAAACAAGCUAACAUGUUUUCCUUGAAGAGAAAUAUAAAUAUUCAUCCAGAUUUAUCAGGCCACCCCUCCUCCCCCGCCCCUUUCCAGAUAUCUUCUAGCGUUCUGUUGGUGUGAGGCUGCUGUAUGUACCGGCAACACGCUUCAGAUUUCCUAAUCACAUUCCACAUCUAAUGACUUUUCCUAGCCGAAUGUACACAUCACAUACUGUCAGCACCUGACUUAAUGCUCUGAGCAUCUUGCUGAGCAUGAAGAACCACAUUCCAGCAGACAAUUGAUAUUCGGGUCACGUUCCAGCGUGAUUUUUUGCGCUCUCCUGUCGAGUUGUGUGUGUUUCCGCCUGUAAAUUAGCCGUAAGCCUUUUUACCGUGCCGCUCAUGUAACUCUCACAAUGUAGACGUCGAUAUUAUUUAAACCCACGCUCACGUUACACGCCUUACUGCUCAAAACGUUUUUAAAACACUUUAAAGGUUCACCUUCUUUCUUGUACCUGACCUUCAGGCUACAAGUGGAUCCCAAUUACCGCCGUUUAGCUAGCUAACUUAUUCAUGUUAAAAAACACAAACACUGUCUUGCUGAGUUAAUUACGAAAAUGAAUUGUAUAAUGUUUUACAAAAGUAUGCUAAUUUUUAUGACACACAACAAUAUUGAGUAAGCAUGAACAGCUAGCUAGCUAUAGAAAUAAGGAACGAAAUGCGGUUCGCUUGGGUAGCAGGUAUGAGAAACUAAUUCUAAACAUGUUUACUGAAGUAAACUAGCCUGCUUUGUUUAAUAGAAAUCAGCUAUUAGAGUAUCUUAGCUAAAGAUAAAGAGCUAGCUAGCUUCUAGUGCUGUUAGAAAUGAGGUCAGAGACGUAGCUAGUUGGAUUGUAUCACACUGAGGGCUUGUUAUUGGAGUUGCUAACCGUUUAUCUAGCUUGCGUGUAGCUGUUAAAUGCAAGAAUAAGACAAAAUAGUCGAGAAUUUUUAAACAUUUCUCUCUGAGGAAUUGCUGAGAAAAUGCUUCACAUUGCUAGAAUGACACUGAUGUCGCAUUUCUGAAAGUUUUUCUAGUAAUUUCUCGUCAAAUUAAUGGUAAAAUGGUGCAAGCUCCAGUUACAGCUCAACACUUUUCCGACAGAAAUCACAAAAGAAACACAAUCUAGCUCUCUUUAACCACAGUUUCCUAAACCUUAUUGAUUUUUAAAUUCAUUCCAAUCAGGAUCACGAGCGUUUAGGCGUGUAGACGUGAACGUGGGCUUCGUAUUUGCACGGCUUUAAGAAUGUAUUCCGCAUGUUGUAUUCCGCAGGAAGUUCCUGUCACCAUUUUCACUGCAUUUUCAUUCUAUUAUAAGUGGUUAUAAGCGUGUAUAACGCAGCGGGAGGAAAAUUUCACGUCUCUGACACCACAGUAACAACAUAACAACAACAGCUGUUAAUACACAACAAAACAAAACCAUGCGGGAAUUUAUUUCUAUAAUUUUUGUUGAGUAAACAACAAAAAAAUAAAAAAUAAACACAGUCUAUGCACACUUGUGUGUGGGAUGAUAAAUAUAUUUUCAUGAGUUUUUUUUAUUAUUAUUCCUGAUGAGAUGUUUUACUUGAGGUUGAGUUUCACUGCUUUAAUGUUUUGGAAAUAAAUUUAAUAAAUUUUUAAAAUAAGUAAAUAAAUAAAGGAUAGAA